AUGCCCGCCAAAUCGAGAUUUACCAGGCUUGACGCCUUCACCAAGACGGUCGACGAGGCCCGAAUUCGAACAACUAGCGGUGGUGUGGUCACCAUUGUCUCCCUCAUCGUUGUGCUGUUCUUGGCUUGGGGAGAAUGGGCCGACUACAGAAGGGUUGUCAUUCGCCCUGAGCUUGUUGUCGACAAGGGACGAGGUGAGCGCAUGGAUAUUCACCUUAACAUUACAUUCCCCCGCAUGCCCUGCGAGCUCCUUACCCUCGACGUCAUGGAUGUAUCCGGCGAGCAGCAGCACGGCGUCGCGCACGGCGUGCACAAGCUCCGCCUUCGCCCCGAGGCUGAGGGAGGUGGCGUCAUCGACAUGAAAUAUGUGAACCUCCACAACGACGAGGCCGAGCACCUGGACCCAAGCUACUGCGGCGACUGCGGCGGCGCGCCGGCCCCGAGCAACGUCAAGAAGUCCGGGUGCUGCAACACGUGUGAGGAGAUCCGCGAGGCAUACGCGCAGGUGUCCUGGGCCUUUGGCGAUGGCAAGGCAUUUGAGCAGUGCGAGCGCGAGCACUACGCCGAGCGCCUCGAGGAGCAGCGCCACGAGGGCUGCCGCAUCGACGGCCUGCUGCAGGUGAACAAGGUCGUCGGCAACUUCCACCUGGCGCCCGGCCGCAGUUUCAGCAACGGCAACAUGCACGUACACGACCUCAAGAACUACUGGGAGACGACGGACGACAAGAAGCACGACUUCACGCACCACAUCCACCACCUGCGCUUCGGGCCGCAGCUGCCCGAUGUCGUGGUAGAGAAGCUGGGCAAGGGCGCGACGCCCUGGACCAACCACCACGCCAACCCGCUUGAUAACACCGAACAGCACACCGACGACCCCAACUUCAACUUUAUGUACUUUGUCAAGAUUGUGCCGACGUCGUUCCUGCCCCUGGGCUGGGAGAAGAUGGCGCGCACGAUGAACACGGACGGCAGCGUAGAGACUCAUCAGUACUCCGUGACCAGCCACAAGAGAAGCCUUACCGGCGGCGACGACUCUGCCGAGGGCCACGCCGAGCGUCUUCACUCGAGAGGCGGUAUUCCCGGCGUCUUCUUCUCUUAUGAUAUCUCGCCCAUGAAGGUUAUCAACCGCGAAGAAAAAGCCAAGAGCUUCCUCGGAUUCCUUGCCGGUCUCUGCGCCGUGGUCGGUGGCACUUUGACUGUUGCGGCCGCCGUCGAUCGUGGGCUGUUUGAGGGUGCGACGAGACUGAAGAAGAUUCGAUCCAAGAACCUCUAA